AUGGUUUAAGAUAAAAGGCAUUUCCUCUAUUUUUUUUUUUUGCCUUUGGUACUGAUUCUAUUCCAGUACUAUGGUCUUCAGUAUGAGUGAUGCCCUGAUGACCAUCGGUGCAAAAAGAACGACUACACGAGUUCAGGAGCCAAAAUUAAUUCGUUUGAAUGUCGAGGGUUCAGAACGUUUCGAUAAUUUUUUUUAAUGGUUUUCGGUAAUUUUUCUACGGUGAAUUUUUGAAGAGGAAGUGAUUUAGAAUAUUUCGGAUACGAGUAUUUUUCCAAUAACGAACUUUGGCGAAAGCGGUUAAGUUGGACAGUUCAGACCCAUUCGAAUUGAUGACCCAUCCUUCAUCUGUAGAGAGUAGAGCUAGUGCUGUGCAUUUUCAAGACACAAGUACUCUGGACUCUCGUUGAACGAUUUCUCAUCAAUUUUAUGGCAUUAUUGUGACAUUAAAAAUAUUUUUAUCGUUGAAAAAUGCUAUUGGAUGCACGAGUGAAUUUUAACAAUAUGGCCAACAAAUUGCCAAUGCCACUUUUUGUGUUGGCAUUUUUGCAAUUUGCUCAUUGCAUUUCUGGUGUGAAAAUUUUCCCCAAUGUUACCGAGUUAGUCAUUGGAAAGAAUGAAACUUUGUCGUUGAACUGUUCGAAUAACAAGCCAAUAAUAUGGUCUUAUCAAAGAGGGGAAUUAGGUAGGAGGUACGGAAGUUUUACUUCGUUUUCCUCGGAGAAAAUAGUGAUGCAGUACAGAUCAGUUUCUUAUAGUUAUGAAGACGAGGAGAUCACCGAUUACGAAAACAAAACAAUCAAUUCCUGGACGGAGAAUGGCACUUAUUUCAAUACACUUACCAUUAAUCCAGGCUUACAUUUAGAAACAGGAAAUUACAUUUGUCAGGAAGAAAAAAAUGCUUUCAACGUUGCUCAUACAUACGUAUAUGUUUAUGAUGAAAAGAAGGUACUUGAUCCAAGCGAUACUAUAACGCAUGCUUAUAUGUUCGAAACAGCUGUAAUACCCUGUAAACCAUGUUCGCCGAAUAUCAGUGUUUCAUUGACGAGAAAUUAUAUAGAUGUGGUACCGAUCGAAAAAUAUGAUCCAAAAAUUGGAUACGUGAUUUCUACUUAUCCAAUUAUCGAUCUUUAUACGUAUUUUUCUUGCACAAAUUCAAAAACUGGAUUGCAACAAAUAUACACACUAAUGAUGCACCCUCCACAAAAUGAUUCCUCUGAUCCUUACAUUGAAGUAAACGCUUCUCAUUCCAAUCAUGCUGCAGUAUUCGAAAAUCAAACCGUCGUGUUGAACUGUUCGGUAAUUGCUUCCUCAGAUGUAGGAAUAAAUUCGCUGGAAUGGCAAUUUCCUCGAAAUGUGUCAAAGAAGAUAAGUAUAGGAAGCAUCUCGGAAAUAACGCACAAAAAAUUCGACACGUAUUUUAGAAUUCUUAGCAUACCAAAUUUGUCAGAAUACGAUGAAGGAAAUUACAGUUGCAUAGUAAAUGAUGGAAAUUUCAAAACCAAAGUUCGCACGCAUUUAUUAAGUCUCGCAGAUCCACGUGAAGUUUUCUUAAACAUCACAGCGCCAGAAGAAUCUCGUGUAGUGACUGGAUUAGCAGGGAAAUCCGCCGAAUUUAAGGCCACCAUACAAUCUUCUCCCCAACACAAAAUUAUCUGGUAUGAUCCUCAAGGCAAUACGAUAGAUAUUAAUUCUAGCCACUACGAGGGCACUGAAAAAGGACACGAAAUCAAAUUAAAAAUUUCCGGAUUGACAUUCGAAAAUGCUGGAAUCUAUCGCUUGGAUGUUGCAAAUAAAAAGCUCAACAAAACAAUCAAUUUUCGUUUGAUUGUUGAAGAUAAACCACAAGUUAUCCUAAAGGGGAUCGACUGGUACUACAGAGGAUUUAGGUUAUUCAAGGUGAACACGACUUACGAAUUCAAAUGUAUGAUCACCGGAUUUCCUCCACCACAAAUUGAAUGGUCAGUCAGAAUUUGCCACGACUAUUGCAUUAGCAAACCUGUAGGCACUUUUAAAAAGAUACCGGUUUCUAUGCAUGAAGAAAAACCCAUAGAAGCGCAUAAAACGAUAUCUACGCUUUACUUCAAGUCAAAUCAAAGUGCGAUUAUACGAUGCCAAGCGAAUAAUUCUUUAGGAGAUUCCGAUGCAUUGUUUGAAUUUUUGGUCACAGAUUAUGACAAUUCCACAGCUGUAAUAAUUAAAAACCAUUCAGCGCUAAUUACCGUAGGAGACGACGUAGAAAUUAUUUGCGCGGUACCCAAAUAUUACUUUUACAAUACUUUCGAAUGGGUGUACUAUGCAAAAAAUUCCACACAAAAUACUCAAAGGAUUGCAAUUAAUCCAUCAGCUGAAAUCCAGAUUCAAAACUACACGACCAACUUUUCAUAUGUAUCAAACCUCAUCAUCAAUAACGUGCAAAAAAAUCACGACGGAAUAUAUCUUUGUAAAACUAAUUUGAGCCGCCCCCGCAGUGGUAACUACUUCGUUCGCAGCCUUCGCACUGAUAGUGAUUCAGUAAAUUUAACGGUCAUAGACCCAAAAGCACCUCUUAUUAUCCAUUCUAUGAUGAAAAACGGAGCUUUGCAAGUAUAUCCCAAGACACAAGUCCAUCUGUUGAUUCAAGUUAAUGGGAUUCCAUCUCCGUUUAUUGUUUGGUACAAGGAUGAGAAACCCAUAUCGUUCAAUCAUCGAAUUACGUUAUCAAAUGAUCGUCAGAAUUUGACAAUUGCUGAUGCAUCGUACGAGGAUGAAGGCGAAUACUCAUUCAUUGCGAGUAAUAAAGCUGGAAAUGUUACAGAUAGGCUUCAUUUGUCGAUUCGUGGUGCAGAAGGAAGCAGUUACUUUGGACUUAUAAUACUCAUUUCGUUAUCAUUGAUUGGAUUUGUCAUACUUUACCUAAUAAGGAGAUCUUACAAUCACAAAAAAAAAUUGCAAAAAGUUCUCGAAGAAUACGGAUUGGAUGAACGGGAGGAAAGUACAGUUACCACCCUAGACCCUAACGUAGACAUACAAGACCAAACAUUUUUCAUUUCGUAUAAUAAAAAAUACGAAUUUCCCAGGGAAAAAUUAAAAUUAGGCGAAGUACUUGGAUCUGGUGCUUUUGGUGUAGUUAAGAAAGCAGUUGCAGAUGGGAUCGAAAUAAAGGGAGUUAAAACGACCGUGGCUGCGAAAAUGGCAAAACUGCAAGACCCUUCGUGUACCAAAGCUCUCAGUUCAGAGAUGAAAAUUAUGAUUUAUCUGGGAAAUCAUAUCAAUGUGGUUAAUUUGAUUGGCGCUUGCACAAAAGAACUAAUAAAUGGAGAACUGAUAGUUAUAGUGGAGUACUGCCAGUUUGGUAAUAUCCAUAGUUAUCUCUUGAAACGAAGGAGCCAGUUUACAAAUCAAGUGAACAAAAACGACGAAAUUGAUUUUUCUAUCACCGCAGCCAAUAAACAUUACGAAAACGUCGCAUCAUUUGGAGAAGCUGAGACUGUGAAAAAAAGUACACCAGAGCAAGACACACCAAUAAUUGACUCAGAUAAACAACUUAUAGCGCCGGAAGACAAUGUUCCCAUCAAAACAAUGGACUUGGUUUGCUGGUCAUACCAGGUAGCCAGCGGUAUGGAGUUCCUGGCCAGUCAUAAGAUUUUACACAGGGACCUUGCUGCCCGGAACGUAUUAUUGGGGAAUAAUAGAAUCGCAAAAAUAUGUGAUUUUGGUCUUGCCAAAAAUAUGUAUUACGAAGAAAAGUAUCAAAGCAGUAAUAAAACACAGGUGCUUCCCAUGAGAUGGAUGCCAAUUGAAUCCAUACGAGAUGGAGUAUUUUCAAGUCAAUCUGAUGUGUGGGCUUUUGGUAUCACUAUGUGGGAAUUUUUCUCACUGGCAGCCACACCAUAUCCGGGUUUGGAAAAUUCGGAAGUAUACGAAAAAUUGCUUUCUGGCUACAGAUUGGAAAAACCAAAAUUCGCUACGAGUAAAAUAUACGACAUCAUGAAGGAUUGCUGGAAAAAGUACCCUAAGCAACGACCAUCAUUCAACAAAUUAGUUCAAAAACUUGGUGAUAUUGUUGAACCUCCUACAGAGUCUCAAAACCCUGAAUCCAACCACAAAAGUAAUGACCCUACAAAAGACUGCGCAAUGAUUUUAAACGCACCCGUAGCCAAGAAUCCCGAGGCUGAGAUUGAAUUGAUUGAUUUUUCGAAAUCGCUAUGAAGUUCCAAAGUGGCUGUAAACAGCAAUGUGAUAAUUUUUAUUUAAUACAUAGAUACUUAAUUAUACGAGCUAUCAUACUAAAUUCAUUCGUUGACUGGCCUUAUAAUUACACUCAUCUCUGCGCUGAUUUCCAUAGUUGGCCUUUAAAUUUGAGUUAAUUUUAUUCUCACAAAAAAAUUUAUUCUAAUAUCACAGAGCCAUGAGCCAUUGGACAUGUUCAUCAGUUCAACACAGAUUUGAAUAAGAGGGUGGAUUUUUGAAAAUCCAAAAACGAUUUUUUAAGCUGAUUUUUUUUUAACGUGUACUUGCCUACUUAGCUUUGAAAAUGAUGAAAAUCAGAUCUGAAGUUAAUUUAAUAUACAAAUAUACCGACAAUUAAGUAGGCAUUUAUUGUGGGCAAUGAUGAAAAUGAAAAUGAACUCACAAUGAGUAACAGACAUUUUUCUUAUCUUUUUGCCAAAAAGAUUAUGCGAGGUGAAAAUUUUCGAAUUUUUUCUCAUGAAAUGUUCGGAAAAAUGCCAAAAUUUUCACGAAUUCUGAAAUAAGUUUCAUUUACUUAUGGGAUUUCUUCCCUUGAGUACGUAUUAUUGUAGGUACUUAAUUAUUGCGAUAAAGUCGUUAAUUUCCACAAGUGAACGAUUUAUUGCAUGAUCACCUCGGAUGGACGAUUGUGGUAUUUCUAGAUAUUUCAAUUAUGUGUUCAAUUCAUAGAUUUAGCUGAAAAUGUUUGUACAAUUUUUAUUUCAUUACUCGAGUUGAUGUUUUUGUGUUACGAUAGUCAGAAUCAUGUAUACCAGUAGGUACAUGCAUAGAUUUUUACUUUCAAAUGUUCUGAAAUAAAUUAAACAACUAGCAUUCUAA